GAAAUUUUUCUGCACAAGCACCAAGUCCCCUAAAAGAGCGCCGUAUCCCAGUUCUGUCUUUGCGUCUUCUUUUGCAUUUACGACGAACCGCCAAUAAUUCCUUCAUUAUACCAACGACGGCGACGAACCUUUUUUACUAUUGACGAUAGACCACGAACUGGCUGUCUUGUACAUUACGAUAGACUCCCCCUCUCCCACGUCGCCUUUGGCCAUAGACGAGAGAUUUUAACUUCCGGACUCAUCAUCCCUCAGCAAACUCGACAAAAAAAACUUCAAAAUUUGGCAGCCACAAAAGUGCUCAGGACAUCGUCCUCGACCCGACUCUUAAUUACCAACUCCUCGAAAUCACAAUGAAGGUCUUUUCCACAGCAAUAACCUUUGACUACUCCUGGGAGGAGGUAUCAACGGCGAACUGGCAAAAAUACGGUCCCUGGAAUGAUAAGGCAUCGCACGUCAUCGCCGUCGACACUCUGAACCGCCGCAUCGAUCCCACCACCGGCAUUCUGCGAACAGAACGUCUCAUCACCUGCAAACAAUCAGCACCCGAGUGGCUCAAAUCGCUUCUGGGCCACAUGGACACAAGUCAAGUGUACGAGGUUAGCUAUGUCAAUCCCGCCGCAAAGACCGUCACCAUGGUCUCCCAAAACCUCACGCUGGCGAAUCUUGUCAACGUCCAAGAAACUGUCGUCUACAAGCCCCUCAAUGCCCACCAAACACAAUUCGUCCAAGAUGCGCGGAUAACUGCCCUGUGCGGUGGCUGGCAACGGAUAAAGAACAGCAUCGAGGACUCGUUGGUCACGCGAUUCAAGGAGAAUGCCCACAAGGGCCGCGAGGGAUUUGAAAGCGUGCUGCAUAUGAGCCGGAGAGCAUUCGCGGAGGAACGACUGAAAGUCCAGAUGGCUGUGUGAGCACGGACUAACCGCAUCGCAUCGCAUCGCAUCAAAUUAUUUCGAUCGAUCUCACGGAUUGAUUGUACGAGAGAGCGCAAUUAGACGACCGAGGCAAUUCCAUUGGCGUUCGACAAUGGUAGGGUAUUUUUGAUUUAACACAAUACGUAUGGAGUUCCGGUGAUACCCACCUAUACAUGACCUUCGAACGAGGGUGGGGAUUGUUGGUUGGGUCCUGAAGGAUCAUUUAGAAGUUGGCAUUAGACUUGAUAGAUGGAUAGAAUACGAUAUAGAUCAAUCCACCCUUCUCCGAUGAAGACAAUUGAAUACACACUUCACUGUAC